AUGUUGUCCGCCACCUUCGGCUUCAGUGUCCCCUGGUUGCAACAGUUUCACGUACGCAUGGUGAGGCAACAUGCGUUUUUCACAAGUGAAGCAGAUGUGCUCGGCGCGCAGGCAGCUUACAAUUCCCAGCUCCAUCUCUUACCAACAGCUCGAUUGCGGCUUCUCAUUAGCCAGGGGUGGUUUGCUUGGCGUCUCCUCACCCGGGUGCACCAAAGCAAUUUGGACCUAGCAUCUUUUGAUUUCUUGCGGCCCAUGGAGGACAUGAUUGGCUUAUUCUUGCCGCAGUUGCAAAGAGAAUUUGGCACGACUACCUUGGAGGGAGCCCAAAAAGCCACGAUGCGCUGUGACGUUGUUGUGCUCGAUGGCAAUGCAAAAAAUCGUCGAGCUGUUUGCGGAGCCUCAUUGGCCGGAGAGACUUUUUCCAAGGAAUUGCGCCGGGCGAAGUUGAAACCCAGCAAACGCCCACGGCGAGAAGAGGAGGCAGACGGCAGAGUUCUGGGGCCCUUGUCUGGAGCCCACGAAGACAGACAGUACAUCCCUGCCAUGAAUUUGAUGUGGGAUGAAGUGGACAAGUGCUUCGACCCAAGCUACAUCCUUGGAGAAGCUGGGCACCGCUUCUGCCAAACAUACGCUGUUAGGGCAGCCCACGCAGAAUUUCCUUACGCCCUCCACUGCUUGUCGCUGAUGUGUGCUCUUGUGAACGGUGCCAAAGUGGCUGUCUUUGCUACCUCGCCAUCGCCUUUGACGUUGGUUGCAAUUAAUGUCAACUACGCCCAGACGAGAAAAUCAUCCUUGACAGGACACGCAGAGGCUUGUGGGCAGGAGUUGGACGCAGUCAUCUUGACGAACGCGGAGUCCAAGCUGGCGACAUAUUGUGUGGAAGAAGGCGGCGAGUGGUUCCAUCGAUGCUCGGGCGAUUGGAACCAGGUCCGAAAUGCUGACAAGUUGCCCGGAGACUGGUCUGGCCGAUGCUGGUUUGGCUUGCUGGGGAAUUUUGAUGAGGCCUACGACUUCCUGCUCAGCUUGGGUCUCUUGUCCGAUGGGCCUGCAUCCAAGGAGAAAGCCAAGGCAAGGGUGAACCCGUACCAGAGUGCCUUCAACAAGCUCUUGCAGUUUGGAACCAGCGCUCGCGCCACGAAAACGAAUGGGAGCUAUGGAGAGAAGCUUGCUAGAACCGUUAGCAUGGGGAUCACUUGCAAUAUGCACCCUGCGCAAUACAUCCCUAUGGAAAGAGGAGUUUCCCGGCGCCGAUGGGUUCCUCUCACAGCCGAAAUUGCGGAACUGCUGGGCGUAGCCAACGAGGCUGCUUCGCCAGAUGCUGCUGCUCAGGAGUGGAAAGACGUUGGCCUUGAAGAUGAAAAAGCAGUGCAGCUCACCCAGAAUGCAGCGGGUAUAGGUGAGGCGCUUCCGUUCCGCCGCAUCACCCUUGCAGGGCAGGAUCACGAUGGCGGCAAGGUCUUAGUUUGGGAGCGAUCGUUCCUGGGUACAUUGCCGCCCGAGUCGGAGGCGGCUAAGGAAGCAAAGAAAGAGGAGGUGGCUCAGGAGGCAGAGGACUAGGUGGUCUCCUGAGGGUGGGUGCUUGGAGCUUGUGGCUUUUGUGCAGCUUGCGUGACUCCACUACAGGCAGAUCGAGUCGCUGACACAAAUUCCGCAUCAGAUCUUUAGAAUGAGUUGCUGACACUAGUCUCACAGAGGUCGUGUUCGGGGGACAGUCUUUUGUUCAAGAAGCUAUCGCUAUUCCUUGCGGCGCAGUUUGGAUGAAAUCCUUCAGUUUCCCUAGAAUCGAAGGAAGAACCACGAAAACUAAGACGCAAGAUGAAGAAAGUCAUAGGGCC